UUGUUUACUUUCCAUAAUACUGAGUAAUUUGUUUUCAAUGUAUUUUCUUUUUGCUGAUAUACAAAUGAAUUCACCUUUUACUUAUCUCUCCGAACUAUCUGAACUAAGCCACUGUGAUUUGUUACUAUGCAAACAUAUUUGGCUCCACUGUGCAAUCGAAAUAAAAAAUUCAAAAUUUACAAAGAAAACACAAAUAUAAACAGCAGAAGCACAAAGGCAAAUGCUUUAAUGUUGGCUUCCACUGCAACGGCUUGAGCAGGCAGUGUGACAGAGAUGGCAAGAGUGAGAUGGAGAGAGGAAUUUCCCUUGAACACGUAGCAGCUGGCUAAAAAAGUGCCAAAGGAACAAAAAUGGGGUACGCGUACAAGCUGGAAACGCGUUCUCCAUGUACGUAUCGAACUUUAUUAAAUUACACGAUUUUGACAGUUAAGCAGGAACAGCAGCAACGGCAGCAGAGAGCACAGCUCUGCGACUCCAGUUGUUGUCUUCGACAUUAUACGAGUGUAUGUCAACGAUACCGAAGUGUGGCGGCUGCCACGAGCUGAUCCUGGAUCGCUUUAUAUUGAAGGUGCUGGAGCGGACUUGGCAUGCGAAGUGCUUGCAGUGCAGCGAGUGCCACGCCCAGCUGAACGAUAAGUGCUUCGCCCGGAACGGGCAGCUGUUCUGCAAGGAGGACUUCUUCAAACGUUAUGGUACGAAGUGUUCCGCUUGUGAUAUGGGCAUACCGCCCACCCAGGUGGUGCGUCGCGCCCAGGACAACGUCUAUCAUCUGCAGUGCUUCCUGUGCGCCAUGUGCUCGCGCACCCUGAACACGGGCGACGAAUUCUAUCUGAUGGAGGAUCGCAAGCUCAUCUGCAAGCGCGACUACGAGGAGGCCAAGGCGAAGGGUCUCUACUUGGAUGGCUCCCUGGACGGUGAUCAGCCCAACAAACGGCCACGCACCACAAUUACAGCCAAGCAGCUGGAGACACUGAAAACCGCAUACAAUAACAGUCCAAAACCCGCCCGACAUGUUAGAGAGCAACUGUCACAGGACACGGGCCUGGAUAUGCGGGUGGUGCAAGUGUGGUUCCAGAACAGACGCGCCAAGGAGAAGCGACUGAAAAAGGAUGCAGGACGCACGCGCUGGAGCCAAUACUUCCGCUCCAUGAAGGGCAACUGCUCGCCGCGCACUGACAAAUUCCUCGACAAGGAUGAACUGAAAGUCGACUACGACAGCUUCAGUCAUCAUGAUCUUAGCAACGACAGCUACAGCACCGUCAAUUUAGGCCUGGAUGAGGGCGCCUCGCCGCACAGCAUACGCGGCUCCUAUAUGCAUGGCAGCUCCAGUCCCUCCCAGUAUCCGCCGAGCAGUCGCUCGCCCCCAGUGCCGGGCCAAAGCCAUACAUUUGGCUCCUAUCCGGACAAUAUUGUCUACACUAAUAUCGAUCAUGCAGUUGGCGCUAAUCUACACGCAACUAAGUCGCAUCAUCGCCUGCACAGUAGCAACAAUGUUUCGGACCUGAGCAAUGAUUCUAGUCCCGACCAGGGCUAUCCUGACUUUCCGCCUAGUCCCGACUCCUGGCUCGGCGACUCGGGCAGCACCAAUAACAAUACGAGCAACAAUAAUAAUAAUAACAACAAUAACAACAGCAGCAGCAGCAAUGCGAAUAGUAAUAACAACAACAACAACCAUAGCAGUGGGUCGACGUCCAAUGCAAAUGCCGCCGCCAACCCUCCCGCAACGCCUGGCGUACAUUACUGAUACUCAAAAAUACUUUUGCGUUAUUUUGAGAUGCAGUCACGAAGUCUGCUGCUCGCCGCUGCCCAACAGCAACAACAGCAGAAGCAGCAACAACAGCAACAACAACAACAUCA